CUAGACUGGCCAAGGCAGACCUGUUACACUUGCCUGAGUUAGGCAUUGUUUGCCAUGCCACUAAACCUGCCGUCAAGUGAAACCUUCAUUGGGGAAAUGAGAUCGGAGUCUGAACCGCAGAAGAUGGACGCCCUGUCUCUGUUUUUUAUUGUUUUACUUUGAUUUCAUUUCUUUUUCUUUAUUUUGUCCCUUUGUUUUUGUUUUUGUUUUUGUUUUGUUAAAUUUCUUUCACUUUAACUUGUGAGCUGGUUUUCCAGUUCUUUGUAAAUGGUAUUCCAUUAAAGUUCAUAACGUGUUGCAAAUUAUAUCAGGAGAUGAUUAACAGAGCUCAACCUUAAGAUAAAUUUUCAUGCAGUAAGUUAGAAUACUAUGGUACUUUGAAGCUUAGUGGGUCUUAAUGGUUACUUACAGAUUGAUCAGGUACAUUUUGUUCUUGAAACAUUAAAACACAGGAAUCUUAGGAACACUUUCUGAUCUCAGUUCAACAUUUUUCUAGGUUUUUUUUUUCCAAGUCUACAUCUCUCGUAAAAACCAAUUAAUGGCUUUUACUUUUUAUCCUCCCCUGUAGAAUUCUAGACAUACAAAGUCAUCAAGGAAAACAAGUGAAUUUCUUACAAUUAUCUGGAAGGUCUUUCACUUUUAUGGUAGUUAUUAUACAACUUAUUUCCUUGUCUUAAGACUUUGUUGCCUGUGUGGGGAAUGGAUAUUUGAGACACUAUUAAUUAUUUGCAUGUAAAUUUUUCCGUUUGCUUGAGUUUUUUAAGUUGAAAAUUCUUCAGAUAUUACUAGUUUAUAAGUGGCUUCAGAAGUUUAUACUUCAAUAACAUGAGAGAUGUUUUAGUUGUUUUUGAGGAAUGCAGCUUGGGAAAAAUGCUAAAUGAUUGUUUUAUACUUUUAUAUAACUUGUAUUUCGGAGAUAAACUCAAUAGAAUUUUACUUUGAAAAUUAAGCAAUGGGAUAUUUUGAAUAGAAUAAGACAAAAAUAGUGUUACUGGCAAUUACAGAUGUAUAGUGUUUAUUACUAUCAUGAAAGUGAGAAUCUGACAACCUACUGAUAUUUGACCCAGAAGUAAGACUUUCAUAAUACUGAGUAAUCAGCUUUUAGCCCAUUUUGAAAACUCAUUUCAUUCUUUUUACACUGUCUUUAUGAAUAGUUGUGCUUAUUAAUUGGCAAGUAAUACUAAAUUUGGCACAUCUCUGCUAGAUUAGCACUUUUGUUUUUUUUUGGGUGUAUAAAUUAGUAUAUUGAAGCAUAGGGUUUUUAACUUCAGGUCCCUGGGUGGUUUAUCAAGGGUGUUCAGGUUCUACAGAUCUUUUUAAAAAAUAGUACCUGUUUGUAAUAGAUGAAAUGAAUGUGAUAUCAAUAUAAUGUUUAUAUCUGAGUAUAAAUACAUGUUAAUAGUAACAUACAUAUAAAAUAGAUUAUUGUUAUUUAGUAUCUUCAAUAAGGUCAACUUUUGCUUAUCUUUGUGCAUGUUAAGAAAUUGUUCUCCAGAGUUUAGAUUGAAGUAACUUUGUUUUUGCAAUUAGUUAAAAUGUUAGAAGUUUAGAUGAUAUAAAGUUAAAAAAUAGGCAUUUGCUAAAGCUAAUGUAAUUUUUACUCUGUUUCUAUAGAUAAGAUAUAACCAUGUAAAACAAGUUUUAAAAUUUAAUCCAUGUUUAGAGAUAUAUUCAGGUAAUAUUGUUUAGAGAUUUAUCUCUGGACAUCUGGUUGUUUUAAGUAAGAUUUUUAGCACUGAAAACCAGGCGUGGUGCUUUUGAAAAUUUAAUACGUAACUUUCAGUUUAGUGUGAAUUUGUACAUAGGAUUAAAACACUUUUGAUAGGUUUGUAAUGGAAGUGCAUAGCCAGCUAGCAGAUGAGUAGUUGUAUACCUGCAGCUUUUCAAGACAGUUUAUUUUGGUAAGAAGAUAAGGAAAAAUACGAAAGUUGUAGUCUAUCAGAAUUGACAAAAAAGUUUAGCAGUUAAUUAUGGGAAAUUAUGUGCUUGUUUCAUUUUUCAGGUUGAAGGCAUUUUUUUUUUAGUUUCUAAGAUUAUUUUUAGUGUUACUGUUUUUAGACAGUUAAAAUGUUUAUAAGCAAGACAAUUAAGCAUUAACUGCCUCUCCAGAUAAGUAUACAUAAAUUGAUUCUAAAAGUGUCUUAAGAUGUUUUCAGAAAGUAGGAAACUUUUUGUUAUUAAUUUUUUAGCAGUUUCCCAAGGCAUAUUCUUUAGGCACCAUUAAUGUUCGUGAGAUGCCUUGUUAACUGAGUGGGUAUAGAUUUCCUUUUAAAUUGAAGAUGAUUAGGUUGGGCAUGGUAGCACAUGCCUGUAAUCCCAGCACUUGGGAGACUGAGGCAGGAGUAUUGCCAAAGUUCGAGGCCAGCCUGGGCUACCUAGUGAGUUUGAGGCCAGCCUGGACUACAUGAUGAAACCCUGUCUCAAAAAACAAAAUGCAAAACAAAAAGAAAUUGAAGGUCAUGAUAUGAAGUAGGUUUUGUUUUUUCUGUUUAUUUGAAAUUGAAUGGAAUCUAUUGAAGGGUUAUCAAAAUUGCAUCACAAGUAGGUAGUUUCAGCAGCCUGAUAGGGACACUCUUAAGGAACAAAUUUCAAUUCGCACAUAUUUGUUUUUUCUUUUUCUUUUUUUUGACUAAUUUGGUUAUUUGCCAUUUCUGGGGAUUAAACUUUAAAAAAUGUUCUUCUUUUCUGUAUCUGAUGUUCUGUGUGCUAUUAGUGAUGCAGCCAACACGAACGGUUGUCAUGUGUAACACAACUUUCGAUCACCGCGAAAACACCGUCCUGGGAAAGCGUCCAUGCUUGAUAUCGUUUGGUUCAUGAACAUUAAGUUUCCAGUACAGGUAAAAUCCCAGAGGAGUCCAAAGCCCUCUCCUUAUUGGCUCCUGCUCCAACCAUGACGAGUCUGAUGCCUGGUGCAGGACUGCUUCCCAUACCGACCCCGAAUCCCUUGACCACACUUGGUGUUUCACUUAGCAGUUUGGGAGCUAUUCCAGCAGCCGCACUAGAUCCCAACAUUGCAACACUUGGAGAGAUACCACAACCACCACUUAUGGGAAAUGUAGAUCCUUCCAAAAUUGAUGAAAUUAGGAGAACAGUCUAUGUUGGAAAUUUGAAUUCCCAGACAACCACAGCUGAUCAACUACUUGAAUUUUUUAAACAAGUUGGAGAAGUGAAGUUUGUGCGAAUGGCAGGUGAUGAGACUCAACCAACUCGGUUUGCUUUUGUGGAAUUUGCAGACCAAAAUUCUGUACCAAGGGCCCUUGCUUUUAAUGGAGUUAUGUUUGGAGACAGGCCACUGAAAAUAAAUCACUCCAACAAUGCAAUAGUAAAACCCCCUGAGAUGACACCUCAGGCUGCAGCUAAAGAAUUAGAAGAAGUAAUGAAGCGAGUGCGAGAGGCUCAGUCAUUUAUCUCAGCAGCCAUUGAACCAGAGUCUGGAAAGAGCACUGAAAGAAAAGGCGGUCGAUCUCGUUCCCAUACUCGCUCAAAGUCCAGGUCUAGCUCAAAAUCCCAUUCUAGAAGGAAAAGAUCACAGUCAAAACACAGGAGUAGAUCCCAUAACAGAUCACGUUCAAGACAGAAAGACAGACGCAGAUCCAAGAGCCCACACAAAAAACGCUCUAAAUCAAGGGAGAGACGGAAAUCAAGGAGUCGUUCACGUUCACGGGACAAGAGAAAAGAUACUCGGGAAAAGAUCAAGGAAAAGGAAAGAGUGAAAGAGAAAGAUAGAGAAAAGGAAAGGGAAAAAGAGAGAGAGAGGGAAAAGGAACGGGAAAAAGAGAAGGAACGGGGAAAAAACAAAGACCGGGACAAAGAACGAGAAAAAGACCGAGAAAAGGACAAGGAAAAGGACAGAGAGAAGGAGCGGGAAAAAGAGCAUGAAAAGGAACGAGACAAAGAAAAGGAUAAGGAACAGGACAAAGAAAAGGAACGAGAAAAGGACAGAUCCAAAGAGAUAGAUGAAAAACGCAAGAAGGAUAAAAAGUCCAGAACACCACCCAGAAGUUACAAUGCAUCAAGAAGAUCACGUAGUUCCAGCAGGGAUCGACGCAGGAGGAGAAGCAGGAGUUCUUCCAGGUCUCCAAGAACAUCAAAAACUGUAAAAAGGAAGUCUUCCAGGUCUCCAUCCCCUAGGAGCAGAAAUAAGAAAGAUAAAAAGAGGGAAAAAGAACGGGACCAUAUUGGUGAAAGAAGAGAAAGAGAGCGUUCAACCUCCACAAGAAAGAGUUCUAAUGAUAAAGAUGGGAAGGAGAAGUUGGAGAAGAACAGUGCUUCAGUUAAGGAAAAGGAGCACAAUAAAGAACCAGAUUCAAGUGGGGACAAAGAAGUAGAUGAUAAAGACACGCCAAGGACAGAAGAAAAUAAAGUACAGCAAAAUGGAAAUUGUCAGCCAAAUGAAGAAAACCUCUCUACCAAAACUGAAGCAGUAUAGGACCAACUAAUGCACCUCUACACUCAACGCUGGAAUAAAAUCCAAAGCUUUUAAUUCUUUGAACAAGAUGUAAACAGGAAUGAGAUCUAGUUGAGUAUAAAGUUAGGUGCACCAAUAUUGUCAGGUGAUAUUGUGGACAUCUUGUUACUGAGUAAGGAGAUAAAGCACGGACAUUGUGAAAAUACCACAGGUUAUCCAAACUCUUCAUCUUCUAAAAUCUGUGCAUUUCCAUGGUGGCUGAUACAUUUGUCAUGUGGUUUGUUAGUAUUUGCCAGGAACCAUUGCAAAUAAAUUGAACAUCAGUCAUCCAAAUUUGUACUAUCCCUAAAGACUGGAGAUAAGCAUUGAUGGCUCUUUAAAAAAUGCUAGUUCCUGAAUUUUGUAUUGUUUUACUUUUUUAAAAGAAAAAUUUCAUUAUAUACAAUUUGAUGAUGUGCUUGAAAUUGGUGCAGAUAUAUACACACCAUUGUAAGUGCAAAGUAUGUAAGAAGUUUUAACAUUUGCUUCACAGAAUUUACAGUGAUUGUUAAAUUCUCACUAUUGUGUGUUCUUUUUGCUCACUGUUUAGGACAGCAGUUUUUCUUUAAAAUAGUUUUACAGAUUAAAAUUGCUUAAAUAAGUGGAUUACAAAACAACUGACAAUGCAUGCUACUGUUCUCUUUCAAAGGGAAGAGCAACUGUGUUGAAUACUGUAUUAGUAUUCAGUGUUGAGAAUCAUUGGGUUUGCCCACAACUUUUUAAAACUUUCUUGACAUUUCCAACCUUACUAUGAAUAUUGCAGUGUGUUUUGUCAGCUGUAGGUGGCAAAGAUGCCCUUAUAAAAAAGAAACUGGGUUUCAAAAUGGGCAAUGGGAGCACAAGCUGAAGCUUUAGUGCCUUCUACAAUGUGGUAUACUGUUUUCUAGAAUUUUAUAUGUGCUAGUCAUUCUCAAUUCAUAUGGACUCUAGAUGGAUAUUCAAACCCAUGUGUAAGUGGUAUGUCAUAAGAGCUUCUUACUUAGUUCAGGUAUGAAAGGGAAGUCCCGUUUGCAAGACUGACUUCAGAGCUUAAAACAAUGCAGUUUUGGGACCAUCAGUUUUAUACUGUGAUAACUGAAAAUAAACGUGUUCUUUUGUCUUCAAAUCAAAGGAAACUUUUUAGUUGACUACAUUGGAUGGCCUUAAUUAUUGCCUCUCAAUCAGUUUCUCAUAAACAUUGUAUAGAAGUCAUACCUUAGGGGAUUUAGCUCAGCAGCAUAAGCGCAUGCCUGGCAAGCGCAAGGUCAUGAGUUUGAUUCCUGGUACCAAAAAAAAAAAAAAAAAAGUUAAAGAAAUCAUACUUUAGGGAGGACUAAGUGUAUAUAGGAGGUUGUUUUAUGUUUAAAGAUAUGUUUACUUGAGUUUAUAGAUCAUCCAUCAUCAAGCUUAUGUUUUGCAGAAAGUAUGUGAGGAGUAAAAUGACAACAUUGUUAAUGGUUCCCCCAAUAUUAUAACUUCUAAUUUCUAAGGUUUUUCAUUAUUUCCAAAAAAGAAUACUUUUAAUUAGCAUAUUAUUAAAAAUCAAGUAUAAUUAUUUUAAUGCAAUUUAAUACAAUCAAGUUACUCAGUUGCCUUACCUCAUGGGAAGAGUUACUUUUAUAGAUUAUAAAAGCUGAGUAGCACAUUGUUUACUUGGUUUCAACUUGAGUUUUCUUUUAAUGUUAGUACUGUUGAAACUUAAGUAUUUGGUGGAGACUGGGAAAAGUUGCCCCUUUUGCAAGUAAUGAAGCCUGGUUUGAUAAUGAAGCUGCUUAAUCAUCUUCAUGUGUUCAGAAUUACUGUGUGUUUGGUUUUUUCCCUUUUUGUCACUGUGUACAUUAAAAGUUUCCAAAAUGCUUUACUAUGUAAAGUAUAGAUGGUCAUUUUAAUCAUUCAGCCACAUACGUUUGGCUGAUAAACAGCUUACACUGAUACAGGAAUGCUUGGGUGCACACGGAAAGAUUGUGAAGGAGUGUGUGUCUUGCAUCAAUAGGUGUCUUAUUUAUGAUAUGUAAGUAGAAUAGAACAAAUGUUUGAAUCUUUGUUAUUUUUAGUACCGUUUCUCUAAUAAAGCUAAGUAUUUUAGAGGAAA